CGUCGAUCGGUCCAGCUACCGGAGGAGGGGAACUUUUAGCAAAAACAAUACAACAAAAAAAAAAAAAGCAAAUUACAAAUAAAUAAAUAAACGAGCAGCAAAACACCAGCAUUGGCAACGAGAUCGAUCGCCACGAGCCAUGUUACGUCGCGGCGAAUCGGGCUUUGUAUCAGCCCUGAUCUUGUCGAGCCUCUGCCUGGGCUUCUGUCGGGGAUACUACAGUCUGGAGGUGGGUGACCCCUGUCCGACGGCUAGUUACCGCAGCCGCUGUCAGGCCUUGGACGACUGCGAGACCCUGUCCUCGCAUCUCCAAGUGGGUAGGCUGACCAUCCAGACCGUGGUGAACUGCGGCUUCACCAGUCGCAGCGAGAAGAUCUGCUGUCCCGUAGAGGAUGCAAUCAAUUUACCGCGCAUAGAUUCCACCGAUCCCUCAACCACAACAUCCACUAGCACUAGCUCCACCACUACCUCCACCUCCACCUCCACCUCCACUACAACUACAACAACCACCACCACGACAACUACCACACCUGCCCCUGACAAUGGCGACGAUUGGUUGUCCAUCUUCAAAACGGACCUCGAAUAUGUCCAGGCCUCCACGACACCCGCACCGUUGAGGCCGACGCGUGACAGCGACACCCUGCGGGACAACUCCGUGGGAGCAGAGUGCAUUGCUCCGCUGUACGAGGGCCAGUGCCUCGGCGUGUCCGCCUGCCCCAGCGUGGACACGCUCCUGCGGCAGGGUCGUCUAAGGGACGACGACAUCACCACCUGCCGCGAUGGUACACACGAGGAGAUCAUCUGCUGUCCCCUCAAUCUGCCGCUGGAGCCGCGCGGCACCAAGCUGGGUACCCGCCUGGGAGUCCCUCAAGAUUCCUCAGAGGCCAAGUCACAGCCGGAUCCCCAGGAGGCGGCCGCCAUUGCCCGGGCGGAUGCACUGCUGCCGCAUUACCGUCACCUGGCCGCUUUGGCCCAUCCAAAUGCCGCCUUCGACGGUCACCUGCAUCACUGCUCCGCUCUGGUGCUGACCCCGCAGCUCCUACUCAGCGCCGCCGGCUGCCAGCGACCUAGUCAUGCGGUUUUCGGGGUGGCUGAUAUGCGGGACGUCGACGUGGACGAGGAUUAUUUGGCAGACAUUGUGCGUCUGGCUCAAUUUCGAAAUGAUCUGGCUCUUAUACGACUGCAGGAUCCCCUGCGUUUGGGCCGGGAGAGCUCGGCCAAUGUGAGCCUGGCCCCCAUCUGCAGCCAGUUUGAGUUGGCGCGGCUUCAGGUAAGCGGCAGCCUGGUGGCCGUGGCCUGGGGCAAGGGCGAAGCCACCGACUGUCCCUUGUACGAGCUGCCCAUGCAGCUGCGUCCCAGCUGGGCCUGCGAGGAUCUGCCCAACUAUGGUGGCGUCAAGGAGCUGGGCGGCUUGCAUAUCUGCCUGUCGCCGGAGGGCGGUGAGCUUGCCCUGCAGCGGUUCUCCAAUGACAGCACCUGCGCCCCCUGUCCCUCUGUCGUAAGCAGUGUGCUCCAUUUGGUGCGGCCCGGCGGCAGUCGUUGUGUUUUAGGGAUUGCCACGCCCACGGGUGUGGACUGUGAUGCCCGGGAGAUGUACUUCACUAGUCUCCUGAGUUCACAGUUCAGGCGAUUUGUGGAGCAGGAGCAGAGGGAUUAGUAGCUAGAGAGGAUCUGCCCAGAGCCGCGCCCAUCAGUAGUCAUCUAGGUUAAGCUAGAACCCAUAGGAUAGUCUUAGAUAGUGAAGGAAGAGGAGAAAAGGAGCAGGGUCAGACUGGCAGGAGAGAGUGCUCACCAGCACAACAUGGUCACACUGGUCUGGGUGACUGUACCUCUUCCUGAGGAGAGAAUAAUACCAAUGUGAAACGUUGUAUGCCAAAAUACUGUCAACCUCAAUGUAUGUUAAGAUAUAAGAUUUAAAUUUUAAGAGUACAAGAAAUAUAUAUAUACCUCGACCUGUAAAA